AUGUGGACCGACCUGGUCCCCAACGGACAGAAGUGGACUGAACGAGACUACCUCGUACGCUCCCCCGUCAGCUUCUUCAGAUUUCUAUUUUUUCUUGUAGCAACAAGUUGCUCCUCUGCGACUACAACCUCUGUUGCCUCUGUGAUUGUAGCAGUGGUUGAAGGGCGUGGUUUGGCUAGGGGAGAAAUUGGUAUGGCCAGUCUCAAUUUGAAAUGUCCAGAGCUUGUACUCUCUCAGUUUGCAGACACUGGGACGUAUGCCAAGGUCGUAACCAAGAUUCACAUCUUGCUGCCACUGGAAAUACUGAUGCCAGACACAGCUAGUGAGAAGGGGAAAGGCACCAAGCUGUUCAACCUCAUCACUGAGAACUUCCCGGGUGUAUCUUUCACUGCAAUCCAAAGGAAGUAUUUUAAUGAGAGAAAAGGACUGGAGUACAUUCAGCAGCUGUGUGCUCCAGAAUUUGGCACCGUCCUCAUGGAAGUGCAAGCAAAAUAUUAUUGCCUAGCAGCUGCAGCUGCUUUGCUGAAAUAUUUAGAGUUCAUCCAGAACUCAGUCUACGCUGCCAAGUCUCUUAAAGUGAGCUUUAAAGGGAGUGAACAGACAGCCAUGAUUGACUCAGCAUCUGCCACUAACUUGGAGUUGGUGGUAAACAGUAGAGACCACAGAAGUGAACAUACUCUUUUAGGUGUACUUAACCACACAAAAACACCUGGUGGCGCUAGAAGACUGCGCUCCAAUAUUUUGGAGCCCCUGGUUGAUGUGGACACCAUCAACAUACGAAUGGACACCAUACAAGAGCUGUUACGGGACGAGGAGCUCUUCUUUGGCCUGAAGAAUGCCAUCAGCCAUUUCCUUGACAUUGACCAGCUGCUCUCUGUUCUUGUCCAAAUCCCAAAGCAGGAAACAGUUCAGGUUGCUGAAGCAAAGAUUACACAUGUCAUUCAGCUGAAACACACUUUGGAUCUGGUGCCAAGGUUAAGGAUGGUGUUGAAGAACUGCAACACAGCCCUACUUAAAGCAUACAGCACUUCACUGGAAGACACCAGGUUUGACUUGAUCCUAGAGCAGAUCAAGACAGUGAUUAAUGAUGACUCUACAUACCUGAAGGGGAGUCUGAACAUGCGGACCCAGAAGUGUUACGCCGUGCGCCCUAAUGUCAACGAGUUCCUCGACAUUGCCCGGAGAGCUUACACCGAGAUAGUGGAUGACAUUGCAGGGCUAGUGAACCAAAUGGGUGAGAAAUAUGGCUUGCCGAUGCGUACCAGCUUCAGCACAGCUCGAGGUUUCUUCAUCCAGAUGAAGCUUGAAGGAGCGGUUUUGCCUGAAGGGAAACUCCCCUCAGAGUUCAUCAAGGUUACCAAGCACAAGAACAACUAUGGCUUCACCACUGCAGACCUGAUGAAGAUGAAUGACCGCUGUGACGAGGCCCUGAGGGAGAUCUUUCACAUGUCCUAUGUGGUGAUAUGUCAGCUGCUGAGCACUGUUCAUGAGCACAUCCACUGCCUUUACAAGCUCUCUGAUGCCGUAUCCAUGCUGGACAUGUUGCUAUCACUUGCAAAUGCAUGCACUAUCUCAGACUAUGUGCGUCCAGAGUUCACAGACACACUGGCAAUCAAGCAGGGUCGUCACCCCAUUCUGGAGCGAAUAGCUGGACAGCAGCCUGUAUCGAACAAUAGCUACAUCUCCGAGGGCAGCAACUUUGUCAUCAUCACUGGACCCAACAUGAGUGGCAAAUCCACCUACCUGAAACAGGUGGCGCUGUGUCAGGUCAUGGCUCAGAUAGGCUCUUUUGUCCCUGCCGAGUACGCCUCUUUUCGUGUUGCUGAUCAGAUUUUCACCAGAAUUGGUGUGGAUGAUGAUUUUGAAACUAACUGUUCUACGUUCAUGUUGGAAAUGAAGGAGAUCUCUUACAUAAUCCACAAUGUAAGUGACAGGUCCCUGAUCAUCAUAGAUGAGUUGGGGCGCGGUACCAGUGCUGAGGAGGGCAUUGGCAUCUGUCACUCAGUUUGUGAGUUCCUCCUUAGCCUCAAGGCGUUCACCCUGUUUGCCACACACUUUCUUGAGCUGUGCCAACUGGAAUCUCUUUAUCCUAAUGUGGAGAACCAGCACAUGGAGGUUCAGCACACACGCAGUGGUGACACUGGUACUGAGAGUGUGGUGUAUACAUACUUGCUGAAUCGAGGAUGCUCUGAGGAAAGACACUAUGGUCUGAAAGUAGCAGAAAUGACUGCCCUUCCUUCAAGAUUAAUCCAAGAGGCAAAGAUAAUUGCCUCCAGUGUUAGCCAGCAGCUCUUGACCAAACAUCACAGUGAUCUGGAAACACAGAGGCAGAGAGCUGUGUACCACCUGGCCACCCGCCUCCUGCAGGCUGCCAGGAACUCCAGACUGGACCCCGACAGCCUGCGUAUGUAUCUGAAAGGCCUGAGGAAGCAGUAUGAGGCAGAGCUGCAGGCAGCAGGGCAGCCAGCGUCCAUGGACACAGAGGAGGAGUGA